UUGAUUGACAUGUAUAUAAAAGAAGAAGUUACUGGCAAAAGCUUUAUCCAUUUCUAAUACCCUCUCUCCGUUUCUCCCAUUAUACAAAGUGGUGGCCUUUUAUUCACCGCCAGUAUCAGUAUGAGUAUCAUAACCCAUUUGUGCAUCAUUUAUUUCUUUUUAUAUUAGACCCAACUCUGUCUCUCUCUCCAUAGCCAUGGCUAUAGCCAUAGAGAUUAAAGAAACAGAUAGUAUGGAGAAUCAUGCCACUUCCUUCUCUAGUUUUAUGUCCUACCUUCGAGCCUUUUCUCAGACCCCAACUCGCUUUGCCCGCCGUGCUGGUUCAGUUUCCACUUCAUAUGAAGAAAUGAGCCGAGUAAAAGCCCGUUCCGGUCCGGAAAUGCAGAAAACUCUUCGAUGGUAUGACCUCGUCGGUUUUGGCAUAGGUGGUAUGGUUGGAGCCGGUGUUUUUGUUACCACUGGUAGAGCCAGCCGCCUUUAUGCUGGCCCUGCUGUUGUUGUAUCAUACGCCAUUGCUGGUCUUUGCGCUCUUCUCUCUGCUUUCUGCUACACUGAGUUUGCUGUGGACAUGCCUGUUGCCGGCGGCGCUUUCAGCUAUCUCCGAGUAACCUUUGGUGAGUUCGCUGCCUUUUUAACCGGAGCGAAUCUCAUAAUGGACUACGUGAUGUCAAACGCAGCUGUUGCUAGAGGCUUCACCGCCUAUUUAGGUACUGCAAUUGGCCUGUCCACAUCAAAAUGGAGGCUAGUGGUCCAUGCCCUUCCCAAUGGCUUUAAUGAAAUUGAUAUGGUUGCUGUGCUUGUCGUCUUAGCCAUUACUUUCAUUAUUUGCUACAGCACAAGAGAGAGUUCGGUGGUGAAUAUGGUAUUGACAGCUCUGCAUAUUCUGUUCAUUGCAUUUGUAAUCCUUGUGGGAUUUUGGAAAGGGGAUUGGAAAAACUUUACAGAACCGGCAAACCCGCAAAACCCAUCUGGGUUCUUCCCUUUUGGAGCUCCGGGUGUGUUUAAUGGAGCCGCGAUGGUCUAUUUGAGUUAUAUUGGAUACGACGCAGUUUCCACUCUCGCUGAAGAAGUCCAUAACCCGGUUAAGGAUAUUCCUAUCGGAGUAUCUGGCUCUGUUGCUUUAGUUACCAUUCUUUACUGCCUAAUGGCCGCUUCAAUGUCCAAACUUCUUCCUUAUGACCUGAUCGAUGCGGAGGCACCGUUUUCAGCGGCUUUUAGAGGAAAAUCGGACGGCUGGGAAUGGGUGUCGAACGUGAUAGGAGUGGGGGCCAGUUUUGGGAUUCUAACAUCAUUAUUGGUUUCGAUGUUGGGCCAAGCGCGAUACAUGUGCGUGAUCGGACGGUCGAGCGUAGUCCCUGAAUGGUUCGCUAGGGUCCACCCCAGAACUUCAACGCCAGUUAACGCCUCCGCAUUUCUGGGUAUCUUCACAGCUGCAAUUGCCCUCUUCACUGAUCUAAAUGUCCUCCUCAACCUCGUAUCAAUAGGCACCCUCUUUGUUUUCUACAUGGUGGCCAAUGCUGUUAUUUACAGACGAUACAUCGUGAUAGGGACAACCAAUCCAUGGCCUACAUUAUCUUUUCUCUGCUCAUUUUCUUUCACCUCUUUAUUAUUCACCCUCAUUUGGCAUUUCAUGCCUCAAGGGAACUCAAAAGCCUUUAUGCUCGGCGCCUGCGCAGCGACAGCGAUUGCAAUGGUACAAGUAUUUCAUUGCAUAGUUCCACAAGCUAGAAAGCCUGAAUUCUGGGGUGUUCCUUUAAUGCCAUGGAUACCUUGUGUAUCCAUCUUUUUGAACAUAUUUUUGCUGGGGUCUCUCGAUGGCCCAUCCUACUUGCGGUUCGCCUUUUUUUCGGCUCUUGCUGUGCUUGUAUAUGUCUUUUACAGUGUUCAUGCUAGCUCUGAUGCCGAAGCACAAGGGUAUUUGAGUCAAAAGAAUUCCGAGAUGAUUAAGAAGGAAUCAGGAGAGAGUGAUCUUGAAGACCCAGCAGCUUGUGUCAGAGUAUAAAAAAAAAAAAAAAAAGUUUCGUUUUGCCCCUAUAUUUUUGUAAUGACUUUUCUACUUUUUGAGUGGUUGAUGGAUAUAGUGGAAGAAGGUAUAGAAUACAAUUUAGACGAUGCAAUCUUUCUUUUCUUUUUAAAAGAAUGGACACUGCAAGUUUUAAGAAGUGGCAACUUGUGCAGAUGGUAAAUGGAAGCAGACUUAGGUUGUGAGUUGUAACCCUUUUGUACAAAGUCAUGUGAUACAUCAACCACUUUUAGAGUUGUAUGCUUUGGUUUCAAUAGAUAAUUAUUGAAAGGUUGAUACUA